AUGCCAAGACGUGUUUUAGAUGUAGAUACUCUAAUUUGUAACCGACAUAAGUACUUUAUUGCGGAAAAAAACAAUGGUGGUCCUUUAAAAUCGGUAACGUCUGUACAACAACGCGUGUGCGAUGCUUUAGGAAUUAGCGAAUCAAAAUUAAGAUCUACAAUUAAAAACGAGAAUAGUGAAGUGCCGGGAAACGAUCACCACCAUACUCGCCUGUUAUUAAAAACGAACGAUAUGUUCGAAGGACGAAAAUUUCAAAUUCGUAAUAUCAUAUAUCAAAUGCGUGCAAAUAAGGAACAUGUGACUUUAGAUACAAUUUUACUUAAGUUAAAAGAGAGGAAAUUUGGUGACAUCGGCAGAACAAGUUUAUGGCAAGUCCUACAUAACAUAGGAUUCAAAUUUAAAAAAGAGGAUAACAGAAAAGCGCUUUGUGAAAGAAGUUCUGUUGUACACAAGAGAAUUGAGUUUCUGAGAAAAUAUAACGAAUUUAAAGAAGAAGGGUCAACUUUUGUAUAUUUAGACGAAACAUGGAUAUUUUCUAAGGGUGCUACCAAGAGAAUAUGGCAAGAUGACAACAUAAAAUCGAUCAAGCAUACUAGUGGAGAAGGGAAGCGACAUAUAAUUCUGCACGCGGGAGGGAAGACAGGCUUUAUAGAAGGUGCUGAUUUAAUAUUUUCGUCUACAUCAAAAAACAGUGACUAUCAUGACAAUAUGAACACGGAAAUGUUUGUGAAAUGGUUGCGUGAAAAACUUCUUCCCGGAUUAAGUGAGCCCAGCGUAAUUAUUUUAGACAAUGCGCCUUAUCAUUCAGAAAUACUAAACAAAAGUCCAACAAAUUCGUGGAAUGUAGAUAAGAUUAAAGAAUGGCUAACAAAUGAACGCAUAUAUAUUCCACAGCAUAUAUUAAAGUCUGAGUUGUUAUGUUUGGCAAAAGAACAUGCAAAACCAAAAAUCUUUGUGGUGGAUCAGGUUAUUGAAAGUUACGGGCAUCAAGUUUUACGUCUUCCACCAUACCACUGCCAGUUUAAUCCCAUCGAAUAUAUAUGGGGAAUAGCAAAACAAUAUUACGACAACCAUAUUGGGCCUAAUGGGUAUACAGACGAAGCGGUUUGGGAAACUUGGCGAGAAGCACUUUCAAUUGCAACUCCAGAAGUAUGGCGGAACUGUAUAUACAAGUGCGAAAAAUUAAUUGAAGAUUGGUGGAUUCGUGAAAAUAAAAUUAACGAAAUAAGCCCAAUCAUAAUAACAAUUAACGGUGACGACAGCGAUGAUGAUGACAGCGAUGGCGAUGAUAGUGUGAACAAUAACGACUAA